GAGGAGGAGGAAGAAGAGGAAAAAAGAGAAAAAGAAGAAAUAUCACAGGAAAAAAAAAAAAACUCUUCGUUGUCUUGCCUGGGCUUUUUUUUUCCCCCCUAAAAAUAACAUAUUGGAGAAUUGGGAGAAGUCUUUUUGGUUUGGAAAAAAAAAAAAAAAAAAAGGAAUCUUCAGCCUAGAUCACUUUCUUAUCCGGACUGGGAUAUUAAAUAUACGACACAUCCAGGAGUUUAUUGGAGCGCAGACUGAUGGCGCAAAGGUACGAUGAGCUGCCCCAUUACGGCGGGAUGGACGGAGUAGGGGUGCCUGCUUCCAUGUACGGAGACCCUCAUGCGCCGCGGCCGAUCCCCCCGGUUCACCACCUGAACCACGGGCCGCCGCUCCACGCCACGCAGCACUACGGCGCGCACGCCCCGCACCCCAAUGUCAUGCCGGCCAGCAUGGGAUCCGCUGUCAACGACGCCUUGAAGCGGGACAAGGACGCGAUCUAUGGGCACCCGUUGUUUCCUCUGUUAGCUCUGGUCUUUGAGAAGUGCGAGCUGGCGACCUGCACUCCCCGGGAACCCGGAGUGGCCGGCGGGGACGUCUGCUCCUCCGACUCCUUCAAUGAGGACAUCGCGGUCUUCGCCAAGCAGGUUCGCGCUGAAAAGCCACUUUUUUCCUCAAAUCCAGAGCUGGACAAUUUGAUGAUACAAGCAAUACAAGUACUAAGGUUUCAUCUUUUGGAGUUAGAAAAGGUCCACGAACUGUGUGAUAACUUCUGCCAUCGGUACAUUAGCUGUUUGAAGGGGAAAAUGCCCAUCGACCUUGUCAUUGAUGAAAGAGACGGCAGCUCCAAGUCAGAUCACGAAGAACUUUCAGGAUCCUCUACAAAUCUCGCUGACCAUAAUCCUGCUUCUUGGCGAGAUCAUGAUGACGCAACCUCUACCCACUCAGCAGGCACCCCAGGGCCCUCCAGUGGGGGCCAUGCUUCGCAGAGUGGAGACAACAGCAGUGAACAAGGGGAUGGUUUAGACAACAGUGUAGCUUCACCUGGCACAGGUGAUGACGACGACCCAGACAAGGACAAAAAACGCCAGAAGAAAAGAGGCAUUUUCCCCAAAGUAGCAACAAAUAUCAUGAGAGCAUGGCUCUUCCAGCAUCUCACACAUCCGUACCCUUCCGAAGAGCAGAAGAAACAGUUAGCGCAAGACACAGGACUUACAAUUCUCCAAGUAAACAACUGGUUUAUUAAUGCCAGAAGAAGAAUAGUACAGCCCAUGAUUGACCAGUCAAAUCGAGCAGGUUUUCUUCUUGAUCCUUCAGUGAGCCAAGGAGCAGCAUAUAGUCCAGAGGGUCAGCCCAUGGGGAGCUUUGUGUUGGAUGGUCAGCAACACAUGGGAAUCCGGCCUGCAGGUUUGCAGAGCAUGCCAGGGGACUACGUUUCUCAGGGUGGUCCUAUGGGAAUGAGUAUGGCACAGCCAAGUUACACUCCUCCCCAGAUGACCCCACACCCUACUCAAUUAAGACAUGGACCCCCAAUGCACUCAUAUUUGCCAAGCCAUCCCCACCACCCAGCCAUGAUGAUGCACGGAGGACCCCCUACCCACCCUGGAAUGACUAUGUCAGCACAGAGUCCCACAAUGUUAAAUUCUGUAGAUCCCAAUGUUGGCGGACAGGUUAUGGACAUUCAUGCCCAAUAGUAUAAGGGAACUCAAGGGAAAAGGAAACACACGCAAAAACUAUUUUAAGACUUUCUGAACUUUGACCAGAUGUUGACACUUAAUAUGAAAUUCCAGACAGCUGUGAUUAUUUUUUACUUUUGUCAUUUUUCAUCAAGCCACAGAGGACCAAUGAGACAAGAACACAAAUGUGAAAUCAUGGGCUCACUGAGACAAUUCUGUCCAUGUAAAGAUCCUCUGGAAAAAGACUCCGAGAGUUAUAACUACUGUAGUAUAAACAUAGGAACUAAGUUAAACUUGUACAUUUCUGUUGAUCACUCCGUUAUGUUGCCUCAAAUAGUUUUAGAAGAGAAAAAAAAAAAUAUAUCCUUGUUUUCCACACUAUGUGUGUUGUUCCCAAAAGAAUGACUGUUUUGGUUCAUCAGUGAAUUCACUAUCCAGGAGAGACUGUGGUAUAUUUUAAACCUGUUGGGCCAAGGAGAAAAGAACCGCGCUGGAGACCAUGGUGAGCGUUUGGCUGAACCUCAACCCCCCGGGAACUCCAGCUUCAAGAAUGUGUUUUCAUGCCCGGCCUUUGUUCCUCCAUAAAUGUGUCCUUUAGUUUCAAACAGAUCUUUAUAGUUUGUGCUUCAUAAGCCAAUUCUUCUUCUUAUUUUGGGGGACUCUUCUUCAAAGAGCUUGCCAGUGAAGAUUUAAAGACCGAGCAGGAGCUUCUUCCAGGAGUUCUGAGCCUUGGCUGUGGACAAAACAAUCUCAAGUUGGGCAGCUUUCCUCAACACAAGAAAGUUAUUAAUGGUCCUAGCACCACAACUAGGACUUUAUCAGAAACUCAAAGCUUGGGGGAUAAAAAGGAGCAAGAGAAUACUGUAACAAACUUCGUACAGAGUUCGGUCUAUUAAUUGUUUCAUGUUAGAUAUUCUAUGUGUUUACCUCAAUUGAAAAAAAAAAAAAGAAUGUUUUUGCUAGUAUCAGAUCUGCUGUGGAAUUGGUAUUGUAUGUCCAUGAAUUCUUUUCUCAGCACGUGUUCCUCACUAGAAGAAAAUGCUGUUACCUUUAAGCUUUGUCAAAUUUACAUUAAAAUACUUGUAUGAGGACUGUGACGUUAUGUUAAAAAAAAAAAGGUGUUAAGUCACAAAAUGCGGUAAUAAAUAUUUCAUUUUUGA